AUGGGCAAGGAUAAACAGAAAAGUAUAGAUGUAUUCUUUAAGAAGAAAGUAGCCUCUGAUGGUGCUACCAGUGAUGCUCCUGCAAACAUAAUUUCUGAAAGUGAUGCACUUUCUCAUGAGCAACCUCCUUCCAAGUGUCAUAGAAUUGAGCAUGCUGAAGAAAUUAUUAUAGUCAAAAAUAAAAGUUUUGAAUGUGAUCCAGGCAAGCGUAAGCCAAUUUGGGAAUAUUCAGCUAAUGAAGUCGAUGAGAUACGAAGAGCUUAUUUAAUAGCUGGGCCAUAUCAACCUCAAUGCUCCUAUCCGUUUUCAAAGGAAAAGCAUCCUCGACGUUUUCAAGCGUCUUGGUUCAAAGAAUUUUCUUCGUGGCUUGAGUACUCACCUUACGUAGAUGCUGCAUUUUGUUUACCAUGCUAUCUUUUCUCUAAAAAGGUCGGCGGACGACAUGGUUGGGAUGCAUUCACAAUCAAAGGUUUUAACAGUUGGCAUAGAGUUCAUAAUGGAAAGUAUUGUGCUUUUCUAAGUCACAUGGGAGAUGAUCCUUGUUCACAACAUAUUAAUGCACUCAUCUCAUGUGUAGACUUAAUGAAUCAGUCUUGCCAUAUUGAUAAAGUUAUGCAUGCUCAAAGCUCCCAACAAAUUGAACAAAAUAGGCUGUGUGUUAAGACUUCAAUUGAUGUUGCUCGUUGGCUUGCUUUUCAAGGAUGUGCUUUUAGAGGGCACGAUGAGACUAUUAAUUCAAGAAAUAGUGGUAAUUUUAUUGAAAUGAUCAAACUUUUGGCAUCUUAUAAUGAAAAAGUUGCAGAUGUUGUUCUAAGGAAUGCUCCAUUAACAACUAAGUAUACCUCACCCCAAAUACAAAAGGAGAUUUUAUAUGUUCUGGCAAACAAAGUGAGAAAACAGAUUCGCAAAGAUAUUGGGGACUCUAAGUUUUGUAUUAUUGUGGAUGAAGCACGUGAUGAAUCUAAAAGGGAACAAAUGGCUCUUGUCUUAAGAUUUGUUGACAAAGAUGGAUUCAUAAAAGAGAGAUUUUUUGAUCUUUGUCACGUUCAAGAUACAUCUUCUAUGACACUUAAAAAUGCUAUUACUGAAAUACUCUCACAUUAUUGUCUUGAUAUGCAGAAUAUCCGUGGCCAAGGAUAUGAUGGCGCUAGUAACAUGCAUGCCUUGGUUGCUGCCUCUAAGGAAGUUUCUUCUAUUUAUCAAUUCUUUCAGAAUUUGAAUUUCAUCAUCACUAUUAUCACUGCUUCUUCUAAGCGUCAUGAUCAAUUCCAAGCUGCCCAAAUUUCUGAAUUUGAACAUUUGCAGGCUAUUGGUGAGCUUGAAACUGGUACAGGUUCUAACCAGGUAGGUACACUAAAGAGGGCUAGUGAUACUAGAUGGGGUUCUCAUUUUUAUUCUUUAUGCAGUCUUCAACGUGGGUACAAUGAAUCAUGUUCAGUACUUGAAAAAAUUUGUACUGAAGGCUCAAAUUAUUCUCAAAGAGGAGAUGCUACUGCAGCUUAUAAGAUGAUAACUUCUUUUGAGUUUAUUUUUAAUUUACUUUUGAUGAAGGAGAUCAUGAGUAUCACUGAAAUUCUUUGUCAAGCAUUACAACAAAAAUCUCAAGAUAUUUUGAAUGUUGUACAAUUAGUUUCAAGUACAAAGGAACUUAUUCAAGAAUUGCGAGAUGAUGGUUGGAAAAGAAUACUUGAAGGUGUUGUUAAUUUCUCCAAGCUUCAUGAAAUAGAUGUUCCAGAUUUUGAUGCUCAAUAUAUUGAAAGUCGUGGUCGUCGACAACAUAAUCAAAUAACUAUUGAUCAUCACUAUCAUUUUGAUAUCUUUAAUUUAACCAUUGACUUUCAAAUACAAGAGUUAGAUAGAAGGUUUAAUGAGCAAUCGAUGGAACUUUUAUCACUUAGCUCUUCAUUAGAUCCGAAGGAUGGUCACAAAGCAUUUAAUGUUGAUGAUAUUUGUAGUCUUGCAGAAAAAUACUAUCCUCUUGAUUUUUCUGAGCAUGAGAGAAUUAAUUUGAAUUGUCAAUUGAAGCAUUUUCACAAGGACAUCCCAAAACAUCCAAUACUUCAUAAUUUAUCUUUAAUUUCUGAGUUGUGUCAAGGAUUAGCUAAGACAAGAAAGUCAAAUUCCUAUCAUUUGGUUGAUAGGCUAAUUCGUCUUAUUUUAACUCUACCAGUUUCAACAGCAAGUGGUGAACGUGCAUUCUCAGCAAUGAAAAUUGUGAAAACAAGGCUUCGAAACAAAAUGGAGGAUGACUUUCUUGCAAAUAAUUUGAUUGUGUAUAUUGAAAGAGAGAUUGCUGAAACUUUUACUACAGAUUCUAUCCUUGAAGAUUUCGUCAAUUUAAAAGAGCGUCGUUUACAAUUUUAG